CCAGUUUAGCGCUGUGUGGUACCCAUAGUGAAUUGCGUAACAACACGAGGUUGUCAAAUAGAGUUUGUCAUAUUCUUGACCGGACCGGGUAAAUAAUUUCAUCAUCAGCCAUGGCCAACUUUGGAAGCAGCGACACACCCAAACCGAACGUCGAUCCUGAGUUGCAGGACUUCCUGAUGGCGGAAAACGAACGUGCCCGUCUCAGUGCACAGAUCCACGAGUUUACCGACAUCUGCUGGGACAGGUGUGUGGAGAAGCCGAGCAACAAACUGGACAGCCGGACCGAGACAUGCUUGGCGAACUGCGUGAACCGUUUCGUCGAUACGUCGCUUCUGAUAACGCAGCGCUUUGCGCAAAGCUUGCAGAAGAGUCAGGGAAUGUAAGGAACUUGCGGCGCGGGGGAAAGCAUUUUGGGAAGUAGUUCUUAGUUUCGGCCCUAAGCAUAAUUUGUGUUCUGUUAAAUAUACGUGGCAUGGCGACAUACGCAAAUACCUGUAAACUGCUA